AGCGGGAGGCACGGAUCGUGUUUCGUUCGCUCGCCCGACGAACACAUUGUGAUGCGCAGAAAAAAAAUACGCACACUCACAGUGACAUACGCGGCAAGCGCUCUCCAUCGUAGCGCAGAGCUCCCCAGCGAGAAUCGGAUUGUAAGUCGGGGCGAACAUUUCAGUUUGUGAAGCCGUCGGGACGUGACCACGAGCGUGCCGUUGUUACAAAAAAGCAAGUGCGUAGUUUGGGAAAUUUGAAUGCAGUUUUGUGUCACGCGCGUAACCAACGAAGGCACAUGAAGCAAAGGGAAAGCAUCGUGCGGACGGGAACACUGUUGCACCGUGGUCGAUUUGCUAAUCGAUUUUUAAACACUCCUGACCCGUGAUGAAAGUAACAGCAGCGACAAUACGGAACCGUUGUGACCUAUCGAACCGGGAGUGCAAGUGCGUGUCUGCAAAUGCAAAUUUGAAACUGUGCCCUUAGUCCAUUACUGCAACACGGCGUUCAAGUGCACGAGGCUUGUCAGCGUGACCUGCCGUUUAUUUGCCUACACGGUUGCGAAAAAAAAAACACGAAAUACAGGUACCGAAGUGCAUUAGAUGGAAGAAACAGUUGGAAAGAAAACUUCACCAAGAUUGUGAUUACGGGUGUGAGUUGAAAAACCGGUUUUCCGCAAACCCAACCCCCGGAAUGGUUUGAUUUCCCCGGAAUGACCCCGUCCGUAAUGUGAUCUCUUCGGUGUCUGUGCGCAUCAGUUUCAUUCCAGCUGACGAACCGCAGUCAUUAGAGGCAAACAAAACAAACGAGACUGCAAGUGGGGAGGGAGAAAACAAAAUAAACAACCCCCAAAAAGCACACCGAAACGCAACAAACAAACAAAUCUAACGCGCGCGCGAUAUACGCACACGCACAUUCAACAUUUUUCCUACCCUUAUCCGCGCACACAGAAUCAAAAAAUAAAGAAGGUAAAUAAAGGUUCGGUUUUGUAGUGUGAGUGACACGCAGUAUAUAUUGGCGUGACGUAAGCGGACCUCGCAACCCGUUCGCGCUGUGUAGCAAUCCGCGCGCAAAAGUGUGCGACGCGUCGUACGGCGCGGCUGUCCCGGAAGGUUUCGGUUCGGUUCAGGUGUUUGGAGUUCCAGAAGCUUUUUGCUUCUCUACCCUGAUUUGCUAAAAUCGGCCCCGUUUCGAAACGUGUGUUUCGGAUCCCGUCCGAGAGCAGUAUCAACCCCGGGUUUCAGUGUGCAGUAAGAUCGGAUGAUCGAAAGGUGAUCAUACUGUUGAAUACGGGUGUGUUUUAGCUCAACUUCCUGUACGAGAGUGUACGAAAUAUAUACCCUGAAACGGCCGUGAAGUUGAAAGUCAUCUAGUACGUCUCGGUCCCGAAGAGUGACCUCGAUCGAGCGCGCACACUAUCUUUCCGUUGCUGCAGGAGCAUUUUUCGGCCCACCACAGGUUUCAGCAAUCAUUGUACCGGUAUCCGAAGUCGUCCCCGUCACUAUCGCCACUAUCAGCAAAUUGCAAUUUGAGCUGUCCGAGAAAAAAAAGGAACCCUUACCGAAAAGCUUGGAAUUAUCGAACCCACCCCCUCCGCUAGACGUCACAGACGUCAGACGGCUUGAAGUGGCAGGAAAUCCAUCGCCGUGCGCUCAAGUGUACUGACGGGGGUGAAUUUUUUGUUUGGUAUUUUCGCGAGCACGCGUGCACAAAGGUCGAUCGAGUGCUGUUAGGAAACCGUCACGAACCGUCAUUAGGCUGGAAUCGUCAGAAUCGAUAACAUCGCUAUCGCGAUAGCUAGCGGGUGCUGUUUUUGGAAUAUUUGGGCAUUCGCAGCCGUUUGUUCGAGUUCGAGGAAUAUUUGUACGGCGUAAAGGAAAGCAUGACUAUCUCAGCAAUUCCACCACAGGAACCCGUCUGGUGUUUGGACCGGCGGGACUCGGGCCAUCUAUUCUGGCGCCGGGAGUCAUCGAAGGUGAAGUUUCGGUACGAUGUGGAGGUACUGGAGUUCACCAAAGAUCCGUACGAAGAUCAGCUGCUGAUCACGGACAGCGAGCUGAAUCGGACGAAGCAACAGCAAGCGGGAGCCGUGUCCAACAUGAUCGUCGUGUGUGUAACCUGUGUUGCGGCCAUUGCCGUCACCGUUGUGUUACCGUGGUUUCUGAUCGGAUCGGCCUAGGAAACCUGCAGGCCUCGUAUGUGAACUGAUCGAGAACCUACACCCGCUAUGUCACUGAAUAAGCAAAGCAAAGAGCGCAUAGUUACGAGGGUUUGUGGGAGACGCGUGAGAAGAUAAUGUGAAUCGCUCGUAGGGUGUACACAUCCUGAGCAAACUCGAUUGUGAUAGCUGUUCCUAGCCAUGGGCGAGGUGUUAGGGACAUUUUUUUCUCCAAAAACAAUUUUUACUAGCCCGUAAGAUAAGUGUACUAAUGUACUACACCGCACUACACCCAAUCGACCGGUGUCGGUAACAGUAAGCUCCUUCUUCUGCAUUGGUCGAUUAGUCACUCUGUCUCUCAUAAUGGUGAAAUGUCCUGCAGACGUGUAAAUAGAAGAUUUCACCAUACGACGAAAGGUCCAGACGAGGGUGGUGAUAAAAGGAAAAAUCACAUUACUACUCAGCAAACUUAAAGCAGACCAAACGCACCGAGUGAAGAUGUAUUAAAUGUUAGCUUACUAUUUGAAAUUAUGCAGAUACACAGGUACACCGCUCUAUAAAAAACGUAGAGCGCAAUUGAUCGUAUUGAAUACGACUGGCAUUAGGUAAAUCGUACGUGUUAUUGCUUUCAAACGCAAAUAAGUUCGAUGGUGUAAGGGAACAGGCAUUACAAUUACAACAAGCUAAGUUUGUAUUACUGUUACAAAUAUAUCGACAACGAAAUAA